AAACAAAGUUGGUCAGAAAUCACUUUGGCUCUGCCUGAAGUUUGUUCCUCACCUUCUUUAGCAUGCGACCAUGGGGAAAGUGACCACUGUUGUCACGCGGGGGAGUCGGGGUGGUCUGGUGCGCAGGGAAGGGCUGUAACUUCUACCAUGGUACCUGUUGAAAACGCAGAGGGCCCCAGUCCGCUGAACCCGAAGGGGAGACCCGCUCAGACUGAUGGCAGCGACAGAGCCAGCGGCGGCCGGCAUCCUCCCUGGGCCAGAGGUUGCAGCAUGUUGACUGUCCUGUCAUCUGUCACGGCUGCUGUCAGUGGCCUCCUCAUGGGCUAUGAACUUGGGAUCAUUUCCGGAGCUCUUCUUCAGCUAGCAACCUUGUUAGCCCUGUCGUGCCCGGAGCAGGAAAUGGUUGUGAGCUCCCUCCUCAUUGGAGCCUUGCUCACCUCUCUCAUGGGAGGGGUCCUAAUCGACAGGUAUGGAAGAAAGGCUGCCAUCAUCUUGUCAUCCUGCUUACUUGUACUUGGAAGCCUAGUCUUGAUACUCAGUUUAUCUUACACGGUUCUUAUAGUGGGACGCAUUGCUAUAGGGGUUUCCAUUUCGCUCUCUUCAAUUGCCACUUGUGUUUACAUCGCCGAGAUUGCCCCACAAAACAGAAGGGGUCUUCUUGUGUCACUGAACGAGUUGAUGAUUGUCAUUGGCAUUCUUUUUGCCUAUAUUUCAAAUUAUGCAUUUGCCAAUGCUUCCCACGGCUGGAAGUAUAUGUUCGGCCUUGUUAUUCCCUUGGGAGUUUUGCAAGCGACUGGAAUGUACUUUCUUCCUCCAAGUCCCCGGUUUCUGGUGAUGAAAGGACAGGAGGAAGCUGCUGGCAAGGUUCUCGGAAGGUUGAGAGCCACCUCAGAUACAACGGAGGAACUCACUCUAAUAAAAUCUUCCCUGAAAGAUGAAUAUCAGUAUAGUUUUUGGGAUCUGUUUCGUUCGAAGGACAACAUGAGAACCAGAAUAAUGAUAGGCCUAACACUGGUGUUUUUUGUUCAAAUCACUGGCCAGCCAAACAUAUUAUCCUAUGCAUCAACUGUUUUGAAAUCUGUUGGCUUCCAAAGUGAUGAGGCAGCUAGCCUAGCUUCCACAGGGGUUGGGGUUGUCAAGGUCAUCAGCACUAUCCCAGCCACGCUUCUUGUAGACCAUGUUGGGGGCAAAACCUUCCUCUGUGUUGGCUCUUCUGUGAUGGCAGUUUCAUUGGUGACCAUGGGCAUUGUGAAUCUCAACAUCCAUAUGAACUUCACCAAUAUCUGCAGAAGCUAUAGUCUUACCAACCUGUCCUUGGAUGAAUCUGUGUUUUAUGGAUCAAAAAAUGUGUCAGCCAGUAACGAAACUCUUAGAGAGCCCUUUAAGGGGAUCAUUCCCCACAGCAGAAGCUCACUAAUGCCCAGGAGAAAUGAUGUGGAUAAAAGAGGGGAGAUGACCUCAGGAUCCUUCCUAAAUGCUGGACUGAGCCCAACCGAAUACCAGAAAGUCACAGAUCUGGAGGAAGUUCCACCUUUUUGGAAAUGGCUGUCCUUAGCCAGCUUGCUUGUUUAUGUCGCUGCUUUUUCAAUUGGUCUAGGACCAAUGCCCUGGCUGGUGCUGAGCGAGAUUUUUCCCGGUGGAAUCAGAGGACGAGCCAUGGCUUUAACUUCGAGCAUGAACUGGAGCAUCAACCUUCUCAUCUCGAUGACGUUUUUGACUGUGACGGAUCUCAUUGGCCUGUCAUGGGUGUUCUUCACGUACGCAAUCAUGAGUCUCGCAGCCCUGGGGUUUGUGAUCAUGUUUAUACCUGAGACAAAGGGAUACUCGUUGGAACAAAUAUCGAUGGAAAUGGCAAAAGCGAACUAUGUGAAAAACAACAUUUGUUUUAUGAGUCAUCACGGAGACAAAUUAUCACCAAAACAGCUCCAAGAAGGGAAACCCCAAGAGCAGCUCUUGGAGUAAAAGCUGUGUGGCAGGGGAUAACUUGGGCAGCUUGGUCCAGAGAACAAAUAGCCUCAAAACCUUAUAAAUGCUGAUACAGUGUAAGG